AUGAUUAAUUUACGCUGCGAGGAGAAUUCUGUAGUGGAGAAAAUGGGGAACAAGGCUUUGAUACCUCGUAUUAGCGAUCCAUACGACAGUGGCAUUGAUAGCGAUGAGGGGAAGCAUUCCAGUAUGAACGCUGUCUUUAUUAAGGACCAUGAGGAGGUAAAAAUCAAGAGCAAGAAUAUUUUUAACAAGAGCAACAUUCCAUAUGAAAAACUGGAUGAAAACUCUAAAGAAGUUGAGAAAAAGACGUUUCUAUCCAAACAGAAGAGCGUUGCUAAUGGCGGAAAGAAUUACGGAGAAGGAGUUAAAGGAAGCGACUUGAAUCGUCCUCUGUUGGACUCAUUCAAGGCCCAUGAGCAAAUGAGAAUGACAAAUGUUAACCCGUCAGACGAAAAAUGGACUGCGUAUGAGUCUGAUGGGUGCGACUCGCCGCAGCUUUACGAGGUGGAACUGACAGCUUCGGACGAGGAUGACAGCUCAGUUCUGGAACUCGUCAUCCCGAUGCAAUCUAAGAUAAAGCGAUACCAUUGGCUGUUAGAGUUCCUUUGCUUGGGCUGCUUGUAUCGUUAUGAAUAA